CGCACUAGAAAACAGGAGGGGUAACAUGAAUGGUGGAAGCUUUUGAUAGUUACAAACCAAACUGGGAAAAACAUAUUAAUAAGGCAUUAUUAUUAUUAUUAUUAUAUUAGCUGCGCCAGGAAUAUCAACAUGGCUCUCCCCUGAGAUUGAACUCUGGUGAAACGGUUCAAGUAAGUUAAAUUAGUGCUGUGAUCAUGGCGUUCCCUGAACCCAGACCUCAGGCUCCUCAGCUCCCUCGACAUCUGCUCAGGACCAUAGACUGUCAGCAAGGAGCUGUCAGGGCGGUUCGCUUCAACGCUGAUGGGAACUACCUGCUGUCCUGUGGCAGUGACAAAUCUCUAAAGCUGUGGAGUGUGAGCCGAGGGACCCCGCUGAAGACUUACAGCGGCCAUGGAUACGAGGUCCUGGACGCCGAUGGUUCCUAUGACAACAGUCACCUUUGCUCGUGCAGCUCUGAUAAGACUGUGAUCCUGUGGGACGUCGCCACAGGCCAGGUCACCCGCAAACUCAGAGGCCACGCCGGGAAAGUCAACUGUGUCCAGUUCAACGAGGAGGCAACUGUCAUCUUGUCUGGGUCUCUAGAUGGGACGGUUCGGUGCUGGGACACCAGGUCCAGAAAAUUCGACCCCAUCCAGGUUCUAGACGAGGCUCGGGACAGCGUCAGCAGCCUGAAGGUGGCUCAACACGAGCUGCUUACCGGGUCGGUGGAUGGCAGAGUGAGGCGCUACGACCUGAGAAUGGGACAGCUUCAUGUUGACUUCAUCAGCAGUCCCAUCACAUGUGUGUGUUUCAGUCAGGACGGCCAGUGCACUCUGAGCUCCAGUCUGGAUUCAACAGUCAGACUACUGGACAAGAGCACCGGGGAAAUGCUGGGAGAGUAUUCUGGACACAAGAUGAAGGGCUAUAAGCUGGACUGCUGCCUAUCGAGUAAAGACACCCACGUUCUGAGCUGCUCAGAAGACGGACACGUCUACUUCUGGGACCUGGUGGAAGGGUCUUUGUCUUUGAAACUGCCGGUGGGGAAAGCUGUUGUCCAGUCGUUGUCCUUCCACCCCACAGAGACCUGCCUCCUCACAGCCAUGGAGGGACGCGUCCAGGUGUGGGGGGCAGAGCCCGAGGAGGCGGAGGAGGAUGCACCGGCCACAUAGAGACGGUGAAAGUAGUCCAAAGCUACAUUUGCACGCCGAGAAGAUUAUUAUGUUUUAAUCUUUUCACACACUUUCCAAUAACAUACAGUCUGUAAACCUCUCAAUACAACUUAUGAUGGCAUGAGAGCAACUUACUUCUACAUUAAGUUAUUGUGGCUGUAAACACGGGGUUAGGUUGAAAAAGAACUGGAAUAAUCACAAAACAUGAAACUGAAUCACAAAGCAUCAAAGGCUCACGUGGGCAUUUUAAGUUGAAUACGAUCCAAACUGGAUACAAAC